CAAAAGAAACCAUUUGAAUGUUUUCUUCUUUUUUGUGUACUCAUUUCCGAUGUGAUGAGAAGGGAAAGGCAUGGAUGAUUCGCGGUCAGAGAUGAUCCCAGAGGGCGCUGCCGAACUGGACUCUAAGAGGCAGGAUUUUAUUUUUGCCAUCUGCAUCAGAGAGAUGUUCAUCCCGAGGAUUAUGUCGCAUCUUUUAUUCCACACUUUGCGGUAGUGAUGGAUGUCCAAGAGGAUGGAUGUCCGGAGGAGGACCCCAUCCUUAUACCACCUCCCCUUCCUCAUCGGACUCACGCACAACUUACUCAAGAAGAGAAGAAAUUUCUUCUAUCGGUCGAAAGAGGAGAUCUCGCCACUGUCAGAAGAAACUUGUUGAACUACACCGACACAAGCUUGAAUGUCAACUGCGUCGAUCCACUGGGUCGUUCAGCCCUCCUCAUGGCCAUCGACAACGAGAACCUGGAGAUGGUGGAGUUGCUGCUCGACAGGGGUGUCGACACCAAAGAUGCUCUACUCCAUGCCAUCAACGAGGAAUAUGUCGAAGCUGUCGAAGUACUGUUGGAACAUGAGGAGGCUAAACACACACCUGGACAACCUUACAGUUGGGAGUCAGUUGACUGGGAGGUGUCUGCCUUCACCCCAGACAUCACACCCCUGGUGCUCGCUGCCCACCGCAACAACUACGAGAUUAUAAAGAUCCUCCUGGACAGGGGUGCCACUCUCCCCAUGCCUCACGAUAUACGAUGUGCCUGCGGGGACUGUGUUCGUUCCUGCAUCGAGGAUUCCCUCAAUCACUCCAGAUCCAGAAUCAACGCCUACCGUGCCCUCGCCUCUCCCAGUCUGGUGGCACUCUCCUCCAAAGAUCCCAUCCUGACGGCAUUCGAACUCAGCAGCGAUCUCAGGAGGUUGAGCUUCUUGGAACACGAAUACAAAUGCGAGUACCUGGAACUACGCAAGCAGUGCCAAGAGUUUGUGACAUCUCUCCUGGAUCACACCAGAAGUUCCUACGAGCUGGAAGUGCUCCUCAACUACGAUCCCUCUUCGGGUGCCGCCUUGAAACCAGCGGGAGACAUCAGAAUGCGUCUGAGCAGACUCAAGCUUGCCAUCAAACAUAAACAGAAAAAAUUCUGUGCUCAUCCGAAUGUGCAACAGCUUCUGGCAUCUAUCUGGUACGAGGGACUGCCCGGAUUUCGCCGGAAGAACAUCCUCUUGCAGUGCCUGGAAAUCAUCAGAAUAGGUCUCCUCUUCCCUUUCUAUUCCCUGUGCUACAUCGUGGCUCCAUACUCCACCCCAGGAAGAACAUUGAAGAGGCCCUUCAUCAAGUUCAUCUGCAACUCUGCAUCCUACGUCACUUUUCUCUUUCUGCUGAUUCUCGCUUCCCAGCGUAUCGAGAAUGUCAUAGUUGAUUUGUUCGGAACAGAUGAGAUGAAAAAGAAAAUGAAGAAUACCGGAGGAGUCACAACAAAAAGAGGAGCUCCGCCAAGCUUUGUUGAGUGGCUCAUCCUGGCAUGGGUCAUAGGUCUGAUUUGGAGUGAAAUUAAGCAACUGUGGGAACUGGGACUCGUGGAAUAUGUCGGCGACAUGUGGAAUAUUAUUGACUUCAUAACUAACUCACUGUAUGUCGCCACAAUUGCACUCCGAAUUGUCGUCUACUUCCAGAUGAGGAAAGAGAUGACGCUGAACACGGGCACCGCUCAUCUGCCUCGGGAGGAGUGGGAUGCUUGGGAUCCGAUCCUCAUCGCUGAAGGACUCUUCGCCGCUGCCAAUAUUUUCAGCUCUCUAAAGCUGGUGUACAUAUUUUCGGUGAAUCCUUACCUGGGUCCACUUCAAGUGUGCCUAGGGAGGAUGGUGAUCGACAUCAUAAAAUUCUUCUUCUUCUACACACUGGUCUUGUUUGCUUUUGCCUGUGGAAUGAAUCAACUGCUCUGGUAUUACGCAGACAUGGAGAAGCAAGUCUGUUUAACCAAUCAGGAUUCGCCUUCCGUCCAACAGGGAGCCUGCCUCAACUGGAGGAGAUUUUCCAACUUGUUCGAGAGUUCUCAGACGCUCUUCUGGGCAAGCUUCGGACUCAUAGAAUUGGAGAACUUUGAAUUGUCCGGCAUCCAGAGCUACACAAGAUUCUGGGGUCUGUUGAUGUUUGGUUCCUACUGCGUCAUCAACGUGGUGGUCCUCCUCAAUCUCCUCAUCGCGAUGAUGAAUCACUCCUAUCAGGUUAUAUCGGAACAGGCAGAUACGGAGUGGAAAUACGCCCGCUGCAAAUUAUGGCUCAGUUUUUUUGAAGAUGGGGCGACAGUACCACCACCACUCAAUAUCAUUCCCACACCUAAGAGUGUCUUCUACUUCUGCAGAUGGUUAUUCAAGAAACUGUUCCUAAACACUGCCAGAAAAGAACACCUCCGCACUAUUAGGAGAAGAGCAAAACAGGCGAUGGAGAGAGAUUUCCAGUACCAGAACAUCAUGCGCAACCUUGUGCGACGCUACGUGACAGACGAACAGAGGAAAGCAGACAACCAAGGAGUGACUGAAGAUGAUGUGAAUGAAAUCAAACAGGACAUUUCUUCCUUCCGCUACGAGAUCAUAGAAGUGAUGAAGAACAGUGGAUUCAACACAUCAGCCACCAAAGAACAAGGACAGAGUUCUGCGGGAAAGAAAGGCCGCCAAAAGGAGAGAAGGCUGAUGAAAGGUUUCGACAUAGGCCUUGUAGAAAGUUCCUUCCAAUCCACUCCUGAAGUCAGUGUAGACGAUACUAACUCUCCCCCAAGUGGUCCUCGGAUGGCCAAAAUUGCAAGGCUGGCCACCAGAAAGAAGAAACAAGGCAAGUGGAGUCACCUGGUCGAAGCUACGAGACACGCGAAGGCGAGGUUCAGUCGAAGUAAGAGUGAAGAUUCAUUGAGCAGCUCGGUUGGCAAGAUGGAAAGAAGGAAUGAUUCCACGAGCAGCAGCGGCAGUAGCAUCGAUCAAUCGGCAGAGACCCCGGUGGACAUCCCUGUCAUCAACAAAAGAUCACUGUUCGCCAGAAAAUUGGGAAACGCCCUCAGUUCGUCCAGAUUGCGACUGGCGUUUUUAGACUCUGAAAAAGUUUCUGCAAACGAUAAUCUUGGUGGUUCGAAGAACAAAGUGAGAGAUAGCAGCGCUGAUAGAGACCUGCAGGCCCAAAGGACGGUGAGUGCACCUUUCAGUCAGUGGUUGGGGACAAAGAGCAAUUCACUGGACUAUCUGGGCAGGUACACCAGUGACCAACACCAGCUUUCGUCCGUCAGAAGUCUGUCCCCUAUUCCCAGUUGUGCCAGUUCCAAUGUGCCUACUCCAAGAAGUUCCAUUACUGGACAGCCGGAAACAGUUCCUCAUGUCUCCCAACCGGAAGAGAGAACUUCUAUUCUUCCUGGUGUUGAGAGUGUGAAUUAUUCUGCGAAUAAUUCUGGUUGGAUUUAAAACUCGCCCAAGGUGCUGAAAAACUUUUUGUAAAUUUCAGUUUCAUCUUCUGUACAUAUAGAAAACAUCAAAGAAGGAAUGCUACUAUUUCUGAUAUUUAUCAUUUUCAUUUAUUUAUUUAGGAGACGUUUUGAUAAGUUUCUUUUAUAUUUGAUCUGUAAAAUUCGGAAGGUAUUUUAAUGUAUUGAAACAUCUAACACCUGCAUAUCUAACAAUAUAUAAUUUUUCCCUUUUUUUGGACAGUACAAUUUGAUUACUGGGUAAAAAAAAAAUUCUUAAAAUUAUUAUUUUAUUGGAGAAAAAAAAUUAUUUUCUUUAGGUUAGGAAAAUAAAUUUUAAUUAAUUUUUUUCUUUAUACAUUAUUCUAUAUUUUUAUGAUUUGCAUGGCUACUAUUUUGGCUACAGUUUGAGCAAUCACAAUUUUAGUAUAGAAGGGUUCAAAGCUCAACAUAACGAAAAGAAAUAUUUUUAAAUAAAAUACAUUUUUAUUUAUCUUUUCUUUAGUAUAUCCAUGAAUGGUUUUGUAUUCACUUGUGUUGAACAAGGAAAAGAAAUUUAUCGCAUAGGGAAACGAUAGCUUUAUCGAAAUUCUAGCCAUUCCGUUUUUAAUUGAACUUUUAUUUACUUUUCCUUUCCCUAUAUCAAUUUUAUUAAAAAUAUAAAUCCAUCAUUCAAAAAAUUCCAUUUCGCUAUUAAAAUUAGUCGAAGUGAAAAAGAUGCAAAGUACGUGCACGGUGCUAGAUUUUUUCCCCCUACUACAUUCUAAGGUAAAUGUAGGUGCAUUAUAGUACAAAAAUCAUUUUAUAAGAAUUAUUCAGUUAAUUAAAUAAACAAUAGUCUUCAUUAUUACAUUUCUAGUUAGAAAUUGUUAGGAGAGAAUUCUAGUUUAACCCUUUCUCUGUCAGCGUCUCCAUCUCAUACGCUCGGCGUUUUUGUGCACGUAUGGUCGGCGUCGCAUGCUAUGCGACGAAGAGAAAAAUAGUACUAUUGAAAUUGAAUUUGUUGCUACUUACACGUCUCCUUAAAUCCCGUGAUUAUUUUUGUAUUUCUGAAUAUAGCUCAGAUAUGGCGCAGCUAGUCCUACUUUCUUCACAAUUUUCGCAGGGAGAUUGAAUUGAAAUCAAAAUUAUUUUGUACAAUCUGUAAUUUCGCUUUUUUAGUGUUAUUUUUGCGUGUCAAAAUAGUUUUAAUGUAAUUUUAAUUAUUAUUUAUAAUAGUUAUUUUAUGAGAUAUUUAUAAUCAAUUAUAAUAAUUAAUUAUUUUAGUUAUUAAAAUUAACAAUUAUUUUAUGCAGAUAUCUAUCUUAGACACCUUAAAGCAAUGGAGUUAAUAAAUAUGUUAUCACAGUGUAUUUUUUAAUUAUAAAAUUCAGGUGCAUUGUAGGGAAAACUGUAGAUAAAUGAACGGGACAUUACAUAUUUCACCACCAAUAGGUCAAGUAAAUAAGUCUUGCUGACAAAAAUAUUUUGUAUUUUUGAAUUUAGGAUAGAACAUAUAUUAAUUAUCAGCAGUGAAAACAAAAAAUGCUUCGAAAAUGGAAAUUCGAAGGGAAAAAAAUCCGACAGACUCGCUUCAUUUUUAUGAUUUGUUUACUUUGGUUAUCUAAAUUAAUUGACUUUUCAUUCUCAGGAAUAUUUUCUGAAUUCAGCAAACUUAGUCAUGAUGUCCUUUUUCCUUGUUUUCUACGAAAAUUGAAUAUCUCAGAGGAAUUUUACUUUUAUAAUGUGCCAGAUAAACUAGCCAUUGAUUAACCAGAAAAGUUAUAAAAAAUAAAUAACGCCCAUUCAAAUAUUAGAUACUCUACAUCAAAGGAAAGAGAAAGGAUAUCAAUCAGAGAUAGUAUGAAUGUCAUUGGAGAAUUUUUACUGAUGAAAUAGGAAUGAAGAAAUUUUUAAAAAAAACAGUGCCAAUUCAAAAUCUGGAUUGUACUGAAUCAAAUGAAGAUCAAGGUAUGCUGAUUUUAAGAAGAAAAAAAGAGCUUCAAGGCUUUGAUUUUUAAGAAGCAAACAUUUAAUUGAAAUUGUGAAAAUAAAAAUGUAUACAAAUGUCACAAGACAGAAAUAAUAAAUUUGAAAAAAUAAUUAAUAAAUUUUAAAAACGAAUUGGACAAGAAUCGUUUUUAUUUAUACUUCCUCACUAGUUUCAUUUGCACUUCAUCUCCAUGAUGUAGUAAUUCUCGGGGUGAACCGAUUUUCGAAGUUAUUGAUUUGUCGAAAUCCUCAAAAUGCAACAGAACUAUUGAUGAACCAGAGACAAAAACAGAUAGUGUCAAUUCAAGUUCGGGAGUGCAUUAUAUCAAAUGAAACAUAAAAGAAAUAAAAUCUAUCAGGACUUGUAUGAAUGUCACAAAUAGAUUUGUUGAUGAAUUAGAGACAAAGAAGAAGAAAAGAACAGAUAUCACCAAUUCAAAUACCAUAUGGUAUUGCAUAGAUAAAAAUCAAUAGGAAAUAGUAUAAAUAACAAAUGAUAAAAUAGAAAUUAAAUAGAUAAAAUGAAACAUAAAAAAUAAAAUCUAUCAGGACUAGUAUGAAUGUCACAAAAAGAUUUGUUUAAUGAAUUAGAGACAAAGAAGAAGAAAAAAACAUCUAUCACCAAUUCAAAUACCGGAUGGUAUUGCAUAGAUAAAAAUAAAUAGAAAAUAGUAUAAAUAACAAAAGAUAAAAUAGAAAUUAAAUAGAUAAAAUGAAACAUAAAAAAAAUAAAAUCUAUCAGGACUAGUAUGAAUGUCACAAAAAGAUCUGUUUAAUGAAUUAGAGACAAAGACAACAAAAAAACAGAUAGCGGUCAUUCAAACACCGGGUUGUAUUGCAUCAAGUGAAAUAUAAAUAAAAAUUAAUAUUUAAAAGUAUAAAUAACACACGAGGACCUAAGACGAAAUAGAAGUAAUAAAAAUAGAUAGUAACAAUUCAAAUUAUCAAUUCCAUGCAUAAAAUUUAGAAAGAAACACUUAGAAUGGAGAAAAGAAAGGCACAUAACAACAAUUCAAUCCUUGAAUUGCAAGCACAAAAUCCUUGAAUGAAACAGGGCUGAAUUGAUUUAAUAGCAACCAUGGUUUUACUAGAUUUGUCAUGUAAUUGUGGGUAAAAGAAAAAAAAACCCGGUAUAAGGCUCUAUGCUCUCACAAGAGAUUUAGUAUGAGGGAGUUGCAUUAACUCUUUUUUACACUGUAAUAAAUUUCUUGCAUAUUUUAUAGUAACGCUUUAGUUAUUUAAAUCAAAUGUAAUAAAUUUCUGAUAUCUUCCUUUGAUACUCAAAGUUUACAUCUCCGAAGCCCUACGAUUAGUUUGCUAUUCAAAGAUAUUUGAAGACAUAUUUUUAGAUGCUUAUCUCUGACAGCUAUUUGACAUUUAGCAAUAUUAAAUGCAUAGAGUUCAGUAAUGACUACCCUUUAUGCAUAUUUUAAAAAUCCUUGGCGAAAAUUAAGCCGUGGGAUUCGCAAAUUAAGAAACGAAAUUUGUCUCAUCACUAGUGACGAAAGCGAGAGGAAAAGCACAGAAAUCGUACUGAUUGUCUUAUGACAAUAAGAGAUAUUUCUACUGAUCACCUUUCAGCUCUUUGCGAGAAAGAAGCAGAUUUUGAUGCUCCUAGUCCCGCCUGCCUCAAUAAUGAUUAAUUAGAUUCCAAAAGGAUUUUAUUAAUUUGCAACCCUUAAAGUGUACAUUUUUUGAUUUCAAGUAUUUUAAACUAUGCGAUAAGGGUGGUCAUUGCGAAUUACUUUGAACAUUAAGUACAAAAAGUACAGUCUACUGUUGAGCUAGUAUAUAGUUAGAUUACUAUAGAAAGAUAUUUAUUUUGAUAUAUAUUUUAUUUAUUUCAUAUCAUUAGUGCUUAGAGAACGAACAAAGAGAAACGAAAUAGUUUACAGUUUCUUUAUUGUAAAACAUAAAUAUGUCAUUUUCAAAAGUUUACUAGUUUAUUUAACAACUUAAAAUACCGAUGAUUAUUUAAUUAUAUUUUUCACCAUGGAAAAGUAGACUGCAUUGUAAACAAUAGCUUCCAAGCUUUUUUAACAUCCACACACAUAGUUAUGUAUAAUUAACCUAAAAGUUUUAUACGUAAUUUGUCUAAAUUGUAAAGCAAGAGAGUAUGUGAGUUUUAAAAAAUUAUAUUGUAUAAUAAUAAUAAACCAAUUUUGAGCAGAAUAAAUUUUUUAAAAAUGU